AUGUCUAUACCGGCAGUCAAUCCGAGCUACGACCACGUCCGCCGCAAGAACAGCUCCAAGUCCUUCGUCACGCGCAACGACAGCUACCGACGAUCGACUCGCGGGAGCGACGGCACUGUCAACACCACAAGCAGCGCAAGAACCAACAUUACGGCGCCUCCGGAAUAUAGCAAGAAGUUCGUCGUCGUCGGCGACGGAGGAUGCGGCAAGACAUGUUUGUUGAUCAGCUACUCUCAAGGAUACUUCCCGGAGGUGAGUCGCAUCGAGCGCAAGAGAUGGGUGUGUAUGCUGACGAAAUACCAGAAAUAUGUCCCGACAGUGUUCGAAAACUACAUUACCACAGUCGAGCACAAACCGUCUGGAAAAGGUGUUGAGCUUGCACUCUGGGACACCGCCGGACAGGAAGAAUACGACAGGCUGAGGCCGCUGUCUUACCCGGAGACUGACCUACUGUUCGUCUGCUUCGCCAUUGACUGCCCCAACUCCCUCGAGAAUGUACUCGACAAGGCAUGUCAUCAAUGCCCUUUCACAAACAUCGCAGCCGCUAACCCGCGUCCAGUGGUAUCCAGAGGUCCUCCACUUCUGCCCGACAACGCCCAUAAUCCUCUGCGGUCUCAAGUCCGAUCUUCGACACAAACGCACAUGCAUCGAGCUCCUCAAAACACAAGGUCUGACACCUGUCACUCAACAACAAGGCAAAGCUGUCGCGCACAAGAUGGGCGCCAUGUACAUGGAAUGCUCCUCAAAAGAAAUGUCCGGCGUUCAUGAGAUAUUCGACACCGCGAUCGACAUCGCUGUUCGCGGGCAAGAUCAACCUGAUAGCGACAUAAUCAUACCCGCCAGCAGGAACGGAAACGGCUCAAGUGGAGGAAUGGUGGUGAAAAAGAAGAAGCGGAGUAACUGCAAGAUCCUCUAA